GGGUUGAUCCCCUCGCUCAAACAAUUCGUCUCGGUCACGAUGUUCUCAAUUUCGAGCCCCUUCCUUCCCGUCCCCCUUAUCAUAUUCGCCACACUCUCUUCCAUAUUUUCUUUCAUCGCCUUCGCCGUAUCCCUCGUCAACUACCGCGUCGAAGUCAUCUGGGUCACUCUUAUAGCGACAUUCUUGACCCUUGGGUACCACGGCACCAUUAUCACUCUCGGAUACCGGGAACAUAUUCGCCGCAAGUCGGAUGCGGUUCUCUUGACGAGAACCGCCAAUUAUAGGCAAUCGAAUGGUCCUGUUCAUCGGUACUUUACGACUGCCGGGGUUAUAUGGGGAGUUGUGUUAGUUGCUUGGUGGAUUAUUGCGUUUGGAUUAAACACCCAAGUAACAGUUAAUGGAAAAGGGAGUAUCAAAGCGGAGUGGGCCAAUCACGACUGGGAUUUGCACGUUCAGAUUGGGCAUUCGGUGAUACUGGCGGUACAAAGCUUGUUACUGUUAGGAAUGGCCGUAUAUAAUGUGAUCUGGAUGAAUAGAGUCGGGCGUGAGGCCAUGGGAAGCGGUGGGAGGAAGGAUCCAGAGAAGAUUGACGAGAAAAGGUUUAUCAAGAAUCUGGAACUUACCACUGGCAUAACACAAGGAUCCCGUCAAUCUGUCGCCUCGAGCAGAUUUUCCAUCGAUUCGAUCGCACCAUCCAAGAACCGCAAAAAGCUGAAGAUCCACCUGCCGAAACCAUCGUGGUCCAUACAGGGAAAGUUACCGCUGAGGCAGCUAGCAUUGUCCAAAUAUACUCGAUGAAAAUCUCCCAUAACGCCGCCCGUUCAAGUCGUCGGGAAUCGCUUUAGUGGCUCGAACCUGAGUAAGACAUAAUUAGUCGAGAACACUAAAGUAGAAUAAGCAGACAACAACUGAGUCACUGUUGAGCCCAGACUCAGAUACUAGUUGAACUGUCACACCGAAGAAAUCUUGACGAAUGGUGCACCAACGAACUGUCGGAAGGAAGCAAGUACGUCGCUGUUGAGAACAUGCCAGAUCUUGAUUGAGAUGAGGUUGAAACAACUCGGGUCACCUAUUGCUGCCAGCUGACCCGGCUGAAACUGGAACGUAAACACUGUUGAAUCUUGAGGGUGUAUGAGUGAAAGAAAUCAUCUGAUUCUCUGGGGGGAAACCUUUGCCAGGGGCGCUGGAGAAUGAUAUUGAAGGGAAGCAGCGAAGCGCGGCGGUGUGGAAGACGACGAGUACGAUUUCAUCCCAACCAUGUCAACAAGUGUGAC